AUGUUUCGCACUCCCCCUACAUCGCGCAAACGGAAACCACGCGGUGCCAAGGAAGAGUUGCGCCAGGAUUAUGUCGAGGUUCCGCCUUUAGUUAAAUCUGAAAAAAUUGAAUCGGACGACCAGCAUGAUGCCAAAUCCGCAGCAACCGGUAAAACUAAAGGGACGUCGUCAUCCCUUUCACGGCGGAGGGCGUUGGAGCUGGAAGCGGCGCAAGCUAAAGCCACUCUAGAGAUGGAGGCCGUACGUGAGGCUACACGUGCACGAGCUGAAACUGCGCGCGCAAAAGCUGAAGCUGCAGCUAAAAUAAAAGCUAUUCAAACUGAUUUAAUUGAUAAGAAAUUGGCCGCUGAAAUUGAAUCUCUGGAUAGGCAAAGACGGUCAAAAUCUUCGUGUUCCGUCACUUCAAAAUCGAUGUCUCUUGACAGCAGAGUGCAUGCCUGGCUCGAUCAGAGUAUAGAAUCUCAAUAUGACGCGUCGCUCGAGCCGCUAGAUGAAACGCAUUCAACUAUUUCCCAUGAAAACUGUGAAGGGAACCGAAAGAAUGACAUCCAAAAGUUGACUGAAGCGCUACGAGAUACAAUUGUUGCCUCGACAUCAAAAAAUAGUAACGAUAAGCUUCUUACAAGGUUGGCGACAUCCAAAGAUCUACCUUAUUUUCAUGGUGAUUCGCUCGAAUGGCUGCAAUUUAAACAGGCUUUUUAUGAAUCGACAAAGCUAUGCAAGUAUACAGACACUGAGAAUGUAUGGCGUUUACGAAAAUGUCUUCGAGGGGAAGCUAAAGAUACGGUUUCAUCUUUACUGAUCGGAGUUACGUCACCUGAUGUUAUAAUUGAGACUCUUGAGCUCCGAUAUGGGAGGCCUGAAACAAUAGUAAAUAGACUUAUAACCCAAUUGAAAAAGCUUCCGUCCUUACCUAUGUCAUAUCACCACGACAUUGUCAAUUUUGCCAUCAAAGUCAAAAACUACGUGACUGCCGCCAAAGCUAUUAAACAAAACGAUUAUUUAAGAAGCCCUGAACUUGCAAGUAUUAUAAUUUCCAAAUUUCCAAAUAUUCUUGUCUGCAAAUGGACUGAUUACAUAUUCGAACAACAAGACAAUGACUUACCUAAACUAGAAAAACUAUCUGAAUUUUUGUAUGAAGAAGCAAAUAAGACUGCGUUGGCCGGGGUAAGUCAUAUUCAAUUUCAGACGUCGGACAAACGUAAACCCGAUGAGCGAAAAACUACUCACGCAGUACUUCUGUCGGCUGUAAGCAGUGAAGCAGGAGAAACACCUAAGUGCAGAUUUUGUCGUGUGAGUCGUCAUUCCUUACCUAAUUGCUCACGAUAUAAACGAGCUUUACGUAAAGAUCGUUGGAGAUUUGCUCGAACGCAACGCUUAUGUUUCAAAUGUCUUGCUUUUCGUCACCGUGAACCAGAAAUGUGCCAAGGCGACAACUGUGACGUCAAUGAGUGUGGUCAGCCACACCACCGCCUCCUGCACUGGAUCGCACCUAAAGACAAGUUAUCUGAAGAAAAAGCAACAGAUGAGCCAAAGAGCAGCAGUGAAAAAAGCGAGACAGUCACCCAGACAAAUGUAGACCAAUGUCCUAAGGUAUUACUACAGAUUGUACCAUUGACAAUAUUUGGGCCCAAGGGGAGUAUGCACGUGCAUGGUCUUAUUGAUGGAGGUUCUACAGCAACUCUCCUGGCAGCAGAUAUUGCAGACCACCUAGGCUUGCAUGGAGAAAAACGCAUGAUGCGAGCACGAGGGGCUUGGAAUACUGAAUUAGUAUGUGAGAUGGAGUUGAUUGACUUUACAAUAUCCAACAGCAGCGGAGACAAGUACAAGUUAAAUGCUAGGAAAUUGAAAGAGUUAAAUUUACCUUCUCAACAUUUAUCUAACUUUGAUUUCAGCAACUAUAGCGUUCCUGAAGAUUUUGUUGUUUGUAACUGCGGUGUGCAGCCGAAAUUAUUGAUUGGUCAGAAUCACCACGACCUUAUCGCGCCUGAGAAAUGUAUCCGAGGUAAGCAGCGUGCGCCGUUUCUGACCAAAACUGCCCUAGGGUGGUGCGUCCAUGGGAAUAACUCGGUAAGUGAGUCCAACACGUCUGACCGUUUCGCCACGCCCGCUCUAAACCUUAGUGUUGACUGUCCUAGACAGGGGGGAAACGUAGUACCUAUUUGUCAUUUGUUUUCUAUAGAAGAUAUUAAAUCUCUCUCUAUACAGUCUUCUGAUAAGAACGUAGACGUAGAUUACGACGCAAAAUUAUAUAAUGAAGUUCGUCAAUCGUUUGCUUUAGAAUCAAUAGGUAUCUGCACUAAGCCUAGACAGAGCCCUGAGGAUUUAAGGGCUGUUAAUAUAUUAGAUAAGACGUCGCAAAUGUUUGAUGAUCAGUGGUAUGUCGGCUUACCAUGGAAAUACGACGAUGUGGUUUUGCCCGAGUCUUAUCCUCAGGCUUUAAGUAGGUUGAAAAUGGUAGAAAGAAAGAUGCAAAAGAAUGAAGCCUAUGCAUCCAGGUAUCGAGAGCGAGUACAACAUUUAUUCAUCAACGAUUUUGCUAGAGAGGUGCGCGAAGAUGACGUAGGUUUCGAACGCGUAUGGUACUUGCCUCACUUCGGUGUUGAUAACCCUAAUAAGGCUAAGUUGCGGCUCGUAUUUGACGCAGCUGCGAAAAGUAAAGGGGUGUGUAUAAAUGAUUUUCUUUUGCAGGGACCUGACUUGUUGCAAUCUCUCUUGGGAAUUAUGUUACGUUUUCGCGAAAAUCCUGUUGGUGUCAUAGGUGACAUAAAAGAUAUGUUUUUACGUAUUAAAAUACGUAAAGAAGAUAUGAAUGCAUUUCGAUUUUUGUGGAGAGAAAAUACGUCAGAGCCAGUCAAGAAAUAUGUGAUGACUUCCCUUAUAUUCGGUGCCAACUGUUCUCCUUUUGUUGCGCAAUAUGUUAAUCAGUUUAAGAACACAGAACGGUUUGAGAAAGAAUUUCCUGACGCUGUUCAGGCCAUUAGGAAGAACCAAUAUAUGGACGAUUACAUUGACAGUUUGCCUGAUGUUUCUUCCGCUGUUAAAAUGGUAAAUGAUAUUUUGCACAUAAACCAACAAGGAGGUUUUCUUAUGCGAAAUUGGCUUAGUAAUAGCGUCGAUGUUCUAAGAGGUACGCCAAAGGAAACCCUCAACGAGAAAGCCGUCAAAUUCAACAUUGAAGGUCAGUCUGAACGAACACUCGGUCUUCUUUGGUAUCCUGCUACUGAUACGCUAGGUUUUGAUUUGUCAUUCAAACGCAUCCCGCACGAAGUUUUUGAGAAGGAAAGAAAGCCUACUAAACGUGAAUUAUUACGAAUUAUCAUGUCAAUUUAUGAUGUUCACGGAUUUCUUGGGCCAUUUAUCAUUCAAGGUAAAAUUAUUAUGCAAGAAACAUGGAAAAGUGACAUAAAAUGGGAUGAGCCUGUUUCAGAUGAAAUGUUUACUUCUUUUCGUAAAUGGUUAGAGCAACUGCAGACUUUGAAUCGCAUUUCUAUACCACGAUGGUACUUUAGAGUUAGUCCUUAUAGCGCUGCAUCGGGGGCCCAGACCCGCGCUGACACAGCAGCCCUAUACACAUUGCAACUUCAUUUGUUUUGUGAUGCAUCGCCAUCCGCGUAUGCUGCAGUCGCCUACUGGCGUAAAAAAAAUAGUGAUGGCUCAGUGCAAGUGUCCUUUAUUGCCAGUAAAAGCCGUUUAGCGCCGAUUAAGGGAGUCACAAUCCCGAGGCUUGAAUUACAAGGCGCAUUAUUAGGUUGCCGACUAGCAGACACAAUCAAAUCAGAGCAUCGUUUUAAAGUUGAUAAAACAUUUUAUUGGACUGAUUCAACAACAGUCUUACAUUGGAUUAGAAAUGAAAAUAAAAUGUAUAAGCCAUUUAUUGCAAAUAGGUUAGGCGAGAUAUGUAAUACAUCCACUAUUUCCGAAUGGAACUACGUUCCUUCAGGAUGUAACCCAGCUGACCUUGCCUCUAAGAAGCACGAUCACAUCUUGGAAAAUGAUUCUCUAUGGUUUACCGGUCCUCUUUUUUUGCACCAAGGACUUGAUUGCUGGCCAAUAGACCCUGUGAAUAAAGAUGUCAUUAGUGAUGAAAUUCUGGAAAAAAUACAAGUUGUGUCAAGUAAAGUUAAUGAGACGACUAGCUCUCCUGUUCCUGAUCCGCAACGGUUUUCAUGUUGGUUGCGGCUGCAACGUAGUGCUGCUUCUGUUUUAUUAUUCAUAGAAAAGUGUAGAAAGAAAAAAGUUGAAAUUGACAGCGAAGUACUAAACAAAGCAGAAGGAUUAUUAUUACGAAAUGCCCAAAUGCAAUCGUUUAGUGACGAAAUACAUUGCUUACAAGAAAAUAAGCCCUUGAAACGGGAUAGUCGACUGCGAGAUCUUACUCCGUACUUGGACAGCGGUGGUCUUCUACGCGUUGGUGGGCGCAUUGGCGCUGUUAAAGAAGUAUUACCCGAGCUCUUGCCUAGACGUAAAUGGACCCAAGAGGGGUUGCAAUUAAAAGUCGGAGAUUUAGUUUUAGUAGUUGAUCCAUCAUCUCCGCGUAACACCUGGCCAAAGGGGAUUAUAGAAAAAGUUUACCCAGGUGCAGAUGGUAGAGUUAGGGUAGUCGACGUUAGGACUGGAGCGGGUGUGAUAAAGCGGCCAGCUGCUCGCGUGGCAUCUUUUGGUUAA